AAAUGACUAGUUCCGCUAUUUUAAGCAGCAAUGAUGGCAGCACUUCGAGGGGGCGUUUCUCCCAUUGUUAUUCGCUCUCAAUCGCGGAGCAGAAUCCUUUUUAUCUUUUAAAAAGUAAUCCUCGGAAAAUUCGAGUGCCAUGAAAUAAAGCUUACUUCGUACCUCGGUAAUCAGGCAAGUUUUAAAUGCGCGCGCCGCUUAAGAGUAUCACAUUAGUGGCACCGUCAAUUACCGUUCUCUUGUACGAAGGUAGCUCCAUUUGUAAGCAGCGUCAGAAGUGUUUUUGCCGACAAAGCCGUCGGUAAUUCGAGACUAGUUUUAGAUCGUUCGCCAAAAUCUUUCCGAAUGCUAUACAAGGCUUUCAAAAAACAAGAUGGACAGGCCAGCAUACAGCACCCCUCCGCCAGUUGAAAACACCCCAUCCAACAACGAAUGUAGAAUGGUCGAACUCCGAGGUUCAAAAGUAGCCAGUUUUUCUCUAGGUUGCGACGAAUACAUCUGCCUCCCCCAGGCGUUUGAUCUCUUUUUGAAACAUCUUGUUGGCGGCCUGCAUACCGUCUACACCAAACUGAAAAGAUUAAGCAUCGCCCCGGUCGUGUGCAACGUUGAACAGGUCCGAAUUCUGCGCGGGCUCGGCGCAAUUCAGCCGGGUGUUAACAGAUGUAAGCUUAUAACACGAAAGGACUUUGAAAUCCUGUACCAGGACUGCACUACUGCAAGCCGCCCGGGGCGUCCCCCAAAGCGCUACCCCAUGCUCCCACCGACCACAGAUCUUAUGUCUCACCACGCGAACAUGCGAGUGAAUACCGCAGUUGCAAACUCACUGAUGAACCAGGGCGAUAUAUCGAUGCUUCAUAAACGUAUGAGGCUUGACCACGGUCUUGAUCAACCUCACGAACGAAGAACGAGCGGCAGCCCUGGCAAAGAUGACGACAAAGAUCACUCAAGCGUAAACAAUCCAAUGACGUCAGACUUGCACAACCCGACAGCGAACCUCGCCUAUCUACAGGCAAUACGCCACCAGUACCAGCAGGCUGCUGCAUCCGGACUCCACAAUGGUUUAGAACAUCAGCAGAUAAACCCAGCACUCGCCCCCUUUAUUAUGAUGUCACACCCGUCUUUGUUUUCGUCGGGAAUUCCCCCCACGUCAAUGGCAAUGCUCAAUCAUAUAAAUCAGCUCGCACAGUCACAUGCAGCAGGAGGUGCGAUGUCAUCUGCCGCCGCUGCAGCAGCUGCUGCACAAAUCGCCGCUGGAGGGAGCGCUUUACACUCAAACCUUGCCCAAUCCGGGAGCAGGGCGAACUCUCAAGGAAUGCAACACGAAAAAGAUUCUGACGAGGAAAUGCACACACCAAGGAGCUACCAGAAUGCAGUCAGCAAUGGCAUUGGUAGCGAUGGUCGUACUUCCCCAUCCAGCAGCGUUGGUUCGGUCCAUGAGACACAGAUCGGAGACAACAGUGGGAAUUGUGGAUCUUUCGACAACCGCGACUCACAGAAAGAUUCUCAUGAUGACAAGUCGGAUUUAAAGCAUCCGUUCAACGAAGUCUUCCGAGAAUCUGGGAAAAGAUCAGAUGCUCCUUUCUCCUCGGAUGCUUCCCACGAGGGAGGGAAGAUCUCUUCCAUGCAGAACUUGCUCCGCAACAUCCAAGGUCUCCUCAAAGUAGCGGCAGAUAAUGCAAGCUUACAAGAAAAACAUUCAUCAAUAGAGAUAGCCGAACUGAAUAUGAAAUUGAAUCGUGAGAGGGAUUCUAGGGAAGACGCGGAGAAAAAGUUAGACGAAUCGGAGAGAUUGAAAGCCGACGCCCUGCGACGGUUAAACAAUGAGAAGAAAAUGAACAAAGUUCUUCAAUCUAAACUUCUUUCGAUGCAGCAAACUUACGGAAAUGACGUCAACAACAACGAAAAUGAUCUUUCUAUUUCGUCACCCCAAGCCGCGUCACCCCCAAAUAGUGGGGGGGAACUCCCAGCCGACAGCCCCCCACCAGCUUCGGGGGGAAGUACCCCAUCUUACCCCACCCCAACAACAUUUGAAGCUGUAUUUUCAGCAAGGAUUGCCGCAGCAGUGCAACAAGCAACAGGCAACCACCAGCGCUCCCCCUCUCUAUCGCCAACUAGCGUCGUCACUACAAACGUGAACAACAACAACAGCAGUGAAACGGCGAGCAGUCCCGAUUUUUCCCAUCGUGGGCUCGUACCAGAGCAUAGAGCUGCCGAUCUUUCUAUAGAACUUGGAGUCCCUGGUAGACAGGAGCAUUCAGACCACGCAGCACUGCAUGAUGCUAGAAUGUAUUUUAAAAACGCUGGUAUGAUUUUCCAACCUGCCGCUUCUCAAUGAAAGCCAUGGGAUCUCUUUACAACGUGACGGUGUAUCAAACAAGUCAAGCUGGUUAUAAGAUGUCAUGAAAUUGUUGCUGUUGAAAUGGAACUUCGUUUUUUUGUGACUUAGUUUUCUGUCCUUUCCAUUGUACGAUACAUACUUGGUAUCCCUGCCCAAAAAGAGUGAAAGAAUCAAACCGUACUGUUAUACAAAGUGAACAUUCCCUUAAAAUUCAUUCGUUUUUGGAAGUUUCGCUUAUAGUUUGAAACACGGAAUUGGGAAAUCGCAACAUAAUUUUGAUCAUAGCGUUUCAAUGUCUUUAUACCUCAUGUCUCUCUCAGGCUAUAUACCAAAGAUUAUUCGGAUAAGUUACUGCCAAAAAUCCUUUCCAAAACUCGGCUUUGCACUGCCAUAUCACAAAGGGCAAGCCUGCUAAAUUGUAAAGCUGCUAUAUUUUAUACUCGAAUUCCGAAUUCGUUAAGCGUGCCCUGUGGGUUACGUUGUGUUCUCUUUUGCAUUAAUUCAAUACCUAGGAUGACUUGUACAUAGCUCAGCGUUAAUAUAAUUGCUUGUAUAUUGUCCGUCAUAAUGUUGUGUCAUUUGUGAGCGAAGGCUGUUCUUACUGAAUAAACAACCCAGUUACAAAG